CGUCCUAGUGUCUUGCAAAAGUUCACAGAGAAGCAGAGGAAAAAUUGCUCUCUCUGCUGUAAAGCCUUGUGUGGCUUUCGGAUUCAAAUUUUGUCACUUCCGAUUACCUCGCAUUAGGCUCAGUGCUGUCCAGGCUCAACGAUCUAUCAUUCGUUACUUCAGUCCUCACUGUCCAAGCUCUCUGCUGUGGGUUUUUACAGAGGAUGAAGUCCGAGAACGGGUUGGCACUGGAAGGUAAGAUUGUUAUCACUAAGAAAGCACCUGCGGAAGGAUCUGCCCAAGAAUCUAAGAUAGAAGAGCAAAGUGCUUCCCAUGGUGAAAGGGAUUUGAAUGCCGAGGAAACUUCUGAGCAAAUUGCAAAAUCUGAAGCUCCUGUCUCUUCCCGUGUGCCUACUGAAGCAGCUGCCAAGAAAUCAGAAAGUAGACUUUUAAAACCCUUGAAGGAACUUGAAACUCGCAUUGUUGCUAUCUCAAAGAAUGGUAAAGGAGGAAAGGAUAUACCUAAUUUGAAAGGCACAACUCAUUUUCCUCGGAGCCAAAGGGCAGUACUUUCUCAGAGUCUUUCAUUUCCAUCAAGAGGUGCUCUUGUUGACAGCAUGAGGAAGAGCAUUGAGACACACCCAGUCAAAAGUAAUGUUAAACAUGUCCGAGAAAAUGGGACAAAAGCCAAGGAUUCUGUGUCUAAUGGAUCAGUCACUUCCAUGUCAAGCAGGCGUACAUCCACUGGAGUGAGCUCAAAGCAAGCAAGUACAAAUACCAGUGGAAUUUCUUUAAAGCGGGCUUCUUUGCCUGGCAAUUUGCAGGCAGUGUCUGGCAAGCCAAGUACCGUGAAUGAGGCCGCUACUCGUCCUCCAUCAGAACCUGCUCAGCUAGAUGAUCAAAACUCGAAUCCUGUGUCAACCAUGUUACCGAGCAAAGAGGAUGAUGAUACACACUCUACUAACUCAGGUGUUACUCCUAGUGGACGGAGAAGUGGUUCUGGAUUUUCCUUCAGGUUGGAUGAACGUGCUGAAAAACGGAAGGAGUUCUUUUCAAAGCUAGAACAGAAGAUCCAGGCUAAGGAAAUAGAAGAAAGUGACUUGCAGGCAAAAUCUAAGGAGAACCAGGAAGAAGAAAUUAGGAAAUGGAGGAAAAGCUUGACAUUUAAAGCUACAAAGAUGCCGAGUUUCUAUAAGGAACCUCCUCCAAAACCCGAACUAAAGAAGAUACCAACUACUCGUCCAAUAUCUCCAAAGCUCGGGAGGCAUAAGAAUGCUGUUGAUGCAGUUAAGAAGUCAUUGGAAAAUGGUGCAUCUUGUCUUAGCCCACGUCUGAACCAAAAGCAGGGCAAUGACACAAUGGCGAAUCAAACAGACAGUAACAAAGAUACCAUUACUUCGAAGAAGCCAGUUAGGAGGUCCCAUCCUAAGCUACAAUCUGAAGAAACCACGGGUGCUAAAACUGAAGGAAAGCCUGUCAAGCCAAAACCAAAGAUGAGGGAAGCAGAAAAACAAGACCAGCAAGCAUGCAAUGAGAAUGGUGAGCAGAAUCCUAAUCAAAAUGUCAGCCUUUCUGAAUUCAAGGAUUCAAUAGGCUCAUUAUCUGAAACAAAUCCUGCUCAAAAUGAAGGAGAAGUUUUGACUCUAGCAAAUCCUGAUAUCAUGCCUCGUGAAGUUGCAGUUGGAGUUUGAAGACAUGAUUUUCAUACCCUAAAUCCGUAGCUUUCGAAGUUCGAGUUCCAUCCUGUUGUGAAUAGUGUGGUUGUAAGUUGCUUAUGACAGUUUUCCUGGCGAGUGUAAAUCUCAAGUAAAUUUAUAUGCAGUUUCUAUAAUGAUCUUGUUUAGUUCAUUGAUUUUUUUUCCCUCAAACGUGUCGUGCAGAACUGUAUAAAUCAAUGUAAUUUUUGAGGUAGCAUGUCAUAGAUUUCAUUCCUUUAUCUAUACAUGGCUUUAUUUGUGGUGUUUUGACUA